AUGCCUGCAAUUACAAAAGAAAGAUUUGUUAAAUCUAUUCCAACGCCAGCUCGUAUUUAUCCAAGAUCUUUGGGUACUCAAGAUGUUAAAAGACUUGGUCCCAGUCGAAAAAUAAGUACAAAACGUACACCAACACAAUCUAUUCAAACACAAACGAUGCUCGCUUGUGUUAUUCUCAAUAGUGCACAUAAUAAAUCUGACAGUGGAACUCAAACAACUGAUGACAUCGGUAUUGAUGUUCAAAGUCAAUUGGAUGGGUCUUAUGUACGCUUAGUCAAAUUUUUAGGUGGAAAAAUAUUCUCCUUUGUGAAAUUAUUUACUAAUAUCAAAUAG